AUGAACGCGGCGACUUCCGUUGGUAUACAGGAAACGGGCAGUUCGGCGCUCUACAUGACACGGCCAAGUAGCGAACCCUCGGAACGGCGUCUGCUGGAGCGGAUAAAAAGCGAGGCGACGGACGGCAGCGAAUCGCAGACCUGUGGAGGUCGAUCUCGCGGUUUGUCGGACAGCUCUCCGGAGGAGGGGAACAAGUUCUUGCAAAACUACAGAGAUCUGGUGGCUAGUGCCGUCGCGGUGGUUGGUCAUGAUGCGGACCCGACUCCGGGGUCAGACCAUCCAACAGACAAAGGUGAGAACAAAGUAUGCCCUAUAAAUGAGCGGAUUUGGCUUACACCAGGCGAAGACAAUUGAAGUAAAUGCUUUGGGUCCUAAACACUAAGCCAAAUUAAAAAUGAUCACAUGUUGUUUCUAACAGAAGAGAUGUGUGAAGGGGACGAACGACGUCGCGAGGAGGUGAGCGAGUCGCGAGAGACAGGCGAGCGAGAUCCGUCGGCACAGAUGUCUUCCGACUACGGGGCAGCCAGAACGGUAUUUUCCGGUUCCUUUUCGCCCGGUGUUUAUCCAAGCGCGGCUGCAACCGACUUUUCGGUAAAAUUCACGGCCACGAACCCACAACCUUCCCAGAUCGCUUUGGCGCAGAACGGUGGCUACUCAUCAGCGGCAUCGACACCGUGCUACUCGUUCACUAGUCAGAUGCCCCUGAAGGUGUUUACAGAACAAGUAGUUCAGGCAGCAAGCAAUCUUCACGACUGCCGAAGAAGGGUAUGGCGUGAAAUUUAUCUACUGGAAUCUGCCUGGGACACCACCACCACCACCACCACCACCACCACCACCACCACCACCACCAGCAACAGCGCGGACAAAGCAUUUAAAAAUCAAUGUUUUCCUGAAAACACAUUACUAAUUAGGGUGUUUUUUCGAACACCAAGGUCACGACAAAUUUUCUCCUGGAACCAGAGCUCUCCGCAUCGGUCGUGUGGGCUUACAUGAUGGCCCAGUUCGAGGCGCACGCACAUCAGGUCAUUCGGUUUGCGCGCGCCAUUCCAGGUUUUCGAGAUCUUCCUCGUUCAGACACCAAAGUCCUGGUGCAAGAGAGUAUGUACCCAAUAGUCCUCAUCCAAAUGUCACGCGACUUCAAUGCCACUUCCAUGGAGUACAAUUUCUUCAACUUCACGCCCCGAGAACGCAGAUAUAUUCUCACCGAAUUUCCUAUCAUGAGGAAGGUUGCUGCCCAAUUGCGUGACGCUGGAACCUUCCUCAGGCCAAAGAAUAUGGAUGAAAACGAGAUUGCCCUCCUCUGUUGCAUCGUCUUCUUGCAGCACUGUAAGCUACCUCGCUGUUGCGCCUAAAGUAGUACUUCAGCUCUUCCUGGUUUCGAGUGUUUUGUAAUUUAGUCGGUCCCCCAGCCUGUUGGCGUCGGCGGAUUAGUCUGCUUAAGUUAAGUUUGGACUCGUUUUCCCUUAAGCUUUCGACCGUAAUAGUUACCGUAGGUGGCGUAACUCGUGAAACGAACGGAAAUUUUCGAAAAAGUGUUUAACCAGUCAGGAACUGAUUCGACCGAAAAUUGACCAAAACUAAAAGAACUUCAGUUAACUGGCAACGUAGAAGCAUUGAGGGUGGCACUACCUUGGUUAGAAAUGACAACCUUCUUAAGCAUUUUGAAAAUACCGAAAGCGCAAAUACUCAUUUCGAAUGAGUAAAUUCAAUUCACAAAAAUACAUAAGACCCGUCCAUACAAGUAGCCGAGCAAAUAUAACUACUCGCAAAAUAAAAUCAAAAAAACACCUGGGCCACUUUUGGUUUAAAUAUCCCCCAAGGAUUGGCUCAGCUACAGUAUAGCUGCUAGCCAACACUUGGCUCACGAUUAUAGGUUUAAAAGUAACGUUACGAGUAUUCAAUGUAAUUCGUCGAUUUUUGCAUUGCUCGAGAUGCGGUUGGUUGAGAUAAAGAGGAUUUCGCUUGAGUUCACGGAUGGGGACGUCAUAAAAACAACAGCUUUUGAAAGAUCGUGUGUUGAGAGGCCGGUCAUAAACAUUCCAUACCACUCCAUCCCAUGAACGUGUCAUUUUCUGUGUAUCAAGUACUGCGCGCUUUCUGGCGACAACAGAAUCUGCCAAGUCUCAGGGUGUCCUUAAAAUAUCGACGGAUACUUUGCAGUUUUCUGUGUUCUCCACGGACUGCCCAGGAAGAUAGGUUCUGUAGUUUUUGUUUGUCGAACCCUUUAAAAUAGAACAAUUCUUGACGAUUUUUACGUAGGAAGUGGGUUCUUCGGCGUUCUUUUUUAUUCAACUGGUGGCUUGAGUCCUACUCAUGGUUUCACAUAAAUACUGAAUUUAAUCGUCAAAGAAAGUGGAAUUAUACGAUGGAGGCCUGCGACUGAUAGGCUCUUGAUCAACUGAGAAACCUUAGCUAAUAAGUCAUCUUUUUAAAAAAGUGGUUUACCAGGGUAUUUCGCUGGCAAUGAUCCGUGUUCUUCAUCUUUUUCCCAAGUGACUUUUCCCGUUUACGCACUUCUCUGGCAAAUUGGUUUUUCUUUCACAAACGACCAAACUAUCUUUGCCUUUUAUAAUAGAAUCAUUUUCGUUAUUUUUGCUUACUAUAGGGUUCCGCCUGCGAUUAUAGAUUCACCAAAGAGUGGUCAAAAUACUAAAAAAAUGCUUAGGCUGUUAAUGAUGUGUACGUCCCAAAUGAUGUGUUAGUUAAAGGUAGGUCGCACAAUAAGUACCCUGCCGUAUGCUCAGAAGUUAAGAUGGCCGCUCGACGGCGGGCCUUCCUACAGUUACCCGUGAAAUAUUUGCACAUGCCGGGAGACUACGGGGUGCGUUAAAACAAAGGAUUGCCCAUGGGCGUUGUUCCUGCUUGUCAGAACAUAAAAUCAUACGGAUUUGCAGGUCGCAAUUUUUAAAGAACAGUUUUCGGUUUUUUAAGUCAACCUAUUACUUCACAUCCUGCUUCACUUGAUUUCCGCGGAAUAAAAAUAGCUUUCAAGUUUGGUGAAAAUUGUUUUGAUACAUUUUUUGUUAGAUUACUAUCCACUUGUAGAAGAACACACAGUGAUGCACAUAUUUCGUCAUAGGACAAUUCUCAGUAUAAGAAAUCCCCUGAGCAUAGAGUAACGUUAUUUUCGGCUCAAAUUUUCAAAUUGCUUACUCGAUGAACCUUUUUGGUAAUGCAUUUUGCAUGAGCAAAGGACUUUUUCGAAACCAGUAAGGUAGGCAACGUUUGAAGGACCUCAAAAUGAUUACCCAGAUCGGGGUCACCACGUCUUGCGAAUCACGUCACCUGCUGUAUAUUGAGGCGGAUGCGUUGACUAAAUCGAUGAUCGGUGUGUAAAUCGUCAAGCAGACCAACUUUGAGAGAGAAACCUCAGAUUCACUCUUUUUACGAAGCUCGAGGGUUUGGUGGCAUCGUUCAUUUCCCAAGCAGCGAGCUACUGUUGUAAUCCGAAAGCUCUUGCCUACUGUCAAGUAAAAGCAAGUGAAGUCUUUUUACCUAAUAAGAUGUAACUAAUCGGCUUACAUAUGCAUUCUUUUGCAGUCAACAGAAAUCUCAUAGAAAGCGAUCGGAUCUACGAGAUGCGUGCUCAUGCUGUUUCUGCUCUACGAACCUAUAUUACAGGUAAAAUUAACUCACACCUCAAAGAUGAAUUUCAAACAAUAUGCCAUUCUUAGAUUAACUGAUCCUCGUGUCCGACCGCGUGCGAUUGAGCGACUGCCAAAAUUAGUGCACUUUCAGAUUUUGUUUAGUACAGCGAAUUCCGGUUAGUUGGACCAUGUUCGACCUAAACGGUUUGCUCCAAGUAAUCUCCUAUCCCAACUGUUUGAAGUGCGAUCGGACGGACAAACGUUUGGGUAAGAUAUGGUUGUGUAGCUCCACCUGGUGGAUACAAUACUGUUGGGGUUGGGGUUAGGGUUAGGGGCUAGGACGACUAUUUCUCAACCACUCAAAGUACAACCUCGCAUUCACAAUAGUUUUUCUUUUGCAUACAACUAUUUGACCUCGUCGCCUGUGCGUUCUAAGACCCCACUUCUAAAAGCUCCUAUUACCACCGGUCCCGUAUUACAGGUGGCGGGGGUUUGUUUACUUCAGAUGGAGCUACAUAACCACGUCUGAUCAACGUUUGCUUGGGGCAAACCAGUGAAGGCCAUUUUAUCAAUCAGCACCAGAGCUGCUCAUAUUUCUCCCUAGACAAGCGCUCCCUGCUUUGUUAGUAUAAAAGCUGGCACUGCAAAGCGACUGGACAUUCGCUAGCUCUCUUGACUGACCGAUUUGCGUGACCUUGAGAGGUGCUUAGCCACUCAGGCCUGUCUUUCUUAAGCAGAGUGGUAGGGCCUCAUUGGUGAAGUAAAUUCGGAGUAUGUAUACGGAUUGUUGCUGUUUACCAACAUUUGCUUUGAGUAGGUGGCCAGCCCGACUAAUUGGAAUAUAAGAUAUUUUUUCAUUGAUACACCCAGGCGUCAACAGUUCUUACUAUUUUCACUUUGUUUCUGUGCUGUGUAGUCCAGUACUCCACCGAGGAGCGCUUCUACAGUCUAAUGGAAGUUUUGCCCAUUCUGACGAACAUGAACUCUUCUCACCGGUGCAUUGUGAAGGAGCUAAUGCAAACUCGACAAGACCUUCACUUUCCAGACCUCUACAUACAAAUGUUCAGAUUAGACGACGGUGCCGAGCUGGAGGCUAAUAACCGGUCCGAGGGGCCAGCAGCUCUUGCACCCGGCACAACCCUAUCUCCCGGUGAGGCUGAAAUGAUCGGGUCUGGUAACUGA